AACAAGUCUAGCUACAGAGACCUUAUCAUCAUCUAAAACCAUAAACCAAUGCUAAGUAAAAAAUUUGAAGAGGACAAGGAACAAUGGCGAAGUCACUCCUUUGUUCUUCAGCCCUAAACACAUUCCUCUCCUCCACUCUCUCUUCAUCAACUUCUUCCAAGAACAACCAAAUCGCAUGCUCAGGAAACAUCAAGAACCAGACACCGUCUCUGUCGUGGAACAGACGAGAGCUGUCUCUUGGUUUCAUGAGCACAUUUCUCGCGGUUGGUCUCGUUGGUAAUAACGACAGGAGAAGCCGCGACGCGAAUGCAGCGAUUCUCGAAGCUGACGACGAUGAGGAGCUUCUGGAGAAAGUGAAGCAAGAUCGGAAAAAGAGGAUCGAGAGACAAGCUGUUCUUAACUCUGCUGUUAAAGAAAAGGGGUAUUUGCAGGAUCUUGUUUACAAUUUAAGCAAAGUAGGACAAGCCAUUGAGAACAAUGAUCUACCAGCUGCAGGUUUGGUUUUGGGGAAUGGCAGUGAUACCGAAUGGGUCAAGACAGCUAACUUUGCUUUCACAAAGUUGAGUGCAAGUCCAGAAGAGAAUACAGAGGUGGAAACGUUUAAUUCAUCUUUAGCUUCUCUUGUUACAUCAGUGAACAAGAACGAUCUAGAGUCAUCUAAGCUCGCGUUCGUGUCAUCGGCUAGUGCAUUUGAGAAAUGGUCGAGCUUGACUGGUCUUUUAGGACAGCUCAAGGGCAUCUGAUAGGCUGUGGCUACCAAUUUGUUUUACUUUUGUUUGUAAUUUUCUGAAGAUUUGUCAACAAAAGAAAGAGUUUCCUUUGAAAAAAUCCAUCUGCUAAACAUCUUUGGUUAUCAUUCUUUAUACAUUUGUUCAUACUUUCCUUGCA